AAUAUUCCGUGACCAAACAAAAAAUUGUUUAGUAUUCCGUGUCAGUACCUGGUAGUUUAGCGCAGAACGUCAGUCAACAAAAACAAGACUUUCUGUUUAAUUUGUGACAUUAAUUACUUUUAAACAAAUAUUUUAUAAUAAUCCCAUUAUACUUAUGCAGAUAAUAUUAAAAAUAAAUUAAAGGCAUGUUGUGAUUUGAGACUACAUUUUUAUAAAAUUAUAAAGAAGGUAAAUCUAGAUGGACAAUUACGCUUUGGAUCCAUAUGAACAGCAGUUGCUGAAAGUAUUCAACAGCCACGAUCGAGAUAACUGUGGUAGUUUAGACAAAGAUGGCCUCAUUCAGCUUUGUCAAACCCUCCAAUUAGAUGAACAUGGUCUAGAUCUAGUCAACUGCCUUUUAAAAGACAAAUGUUCUAGAGUUAAUUUCACAGAUUUCAAAGAUGCAUUAUUGGCUCUUUUAGGAAAUAUUCAGAAUAACAAAUCUUCAGUUAAUGAAGAUGAUAAGAAUAUUAAAUCUUCUCCAGAACGCGAGGUUUCUCCAAAAUUUGUUUAUGGUUCAAAAAAGUAUGGUAGAAGAUCUAGACCAAGGAAUGAUGAUGUACAUAAAAUUAUCAAUGAAGAUGAAAAACCUUUAAAUGUUUCUGUGCAAAGAUCAAACUCUAACAGUGAAGUAUCUUCAAAAAAGAGAAAAACUAACUAUAGACUCCAAAGAUGCACAUCUUUACCAAACAAUAACGAUUUGGUUAUCAGCGACAUAGAAUCUAAAAAUUCACUUUCAAAUGAAACUGAGUUAGUUUGUACUGAGGAAAUGCUUCGUGAAGCUUGGAAGAAACUUGGUGUUGGCAAGGAUGGUUAUUUGAACCAAACUGAGCUUAUAUUAGUUUGUGACGCUAUAGGCUUGCAUAAAUUGGCAGACGGUGUGAUACGUCAAUUAUCAGAUAAAUUAACUAUUAACCAUGAUCAUAAAAUCAGUUUUCAAGAACUUUUAACUAUUUUACAACAAGAUGACACUUGGUUUGAAGUCUUGAAUCAAACUAUAGUCACUAAGGAUGCUGAAUUAGAUGGCACCAUAAUUCAUAAAUCCAAUGAAGGCCUUUUUCCAGACUCCCGUACUUUCCAUCUAGUAACUCUAGGUCCUGACGGUAAUGGAAUGAUAAAUACAGAAGUUUUAAUAGAAAUGUGGGAGAGUGUUGGAGUUCAUUCACCAAAGGAACUUUUACAUGAACUAGGUUUUAAUUGUAGAAGAGUUAACAUUUUGGAUUUGGCUGAUGUUUUGGAGAAACAAAUCAAAGGAAUCACGGAAGCAACAAGGAGUGAAUUUCAAAGUCCACAUGUUGCAUUACUGCAGGCCAGUUUGAUUCUAUACCAAUCUGAAAUAAAAACAUUCAAGAAUCUUUUGGAGCAAAUGCACGCUGAACGAGAAAAGUUAAAAUGUCAUGUAUCGGAUGCCAACAACAGAGCUACACUUCUUGCACAAGAAGUAGAUGACAACCAUUCUCGAAUGGAGCAAAAUACCCUCAACCAAGUGAAACUGUUGGAGCAACGACAUACAGAAAUCUUGAAGGAAUUAACUGUACAAUUUACCAAAGACAAAGAUCAACUAACAAGCAUCAAUCAAAGUUUAGAGAAUAGAAUAUCGACAUUAGAACAGGAAGUCCAUAAACUGAAACAUGAUCUUAUAGUAGCUCAGAAGUAUUCGAUCAAUGUUGAGAAAGACAACCAAAAACUGUUGUCGAAAAUUUCAGAAUUGGAAAGAGAUAGAAAUUUAUUGACCAAUCAGAUCGAGGUGCUGGAAUGCGAAAAACAGAAAUUCAACGAGAUCGAACAGGAGGAGAAUAAACUGUUACUAACGAAAUUGACAACGUUGCAAAUGCAAAAUGCACAGCUGAAGGAUAAAAAUGACGAAAUGGUUUCAGAAAUUGAAACUUUGUCUAAUCAGGUGGCAAGCAUGCGAAUGAAAGUGUCUAGUACACCGACGACCGUCAACACGUUAGACCAAUCGAUGGAGGAAAACAUUUCGAUAAUCUACGAAGGCGUCGGACUCGGUGCUAAGCGUAGGAGCGACUACUCGCCUUCUAAGGACAAUCACUUAUAUGGAAGCGCUGAUGGCAGUCCGAGAUUAGGAAAAAUUCGUAAAUAUCACAGCAAAAAUCAAGACAAUUAUGAAAUUCCAUUCACUUCAAGCGAAAGCGGAUUUGAUACAGAAGCGGAUUGUCCGGAUUCUCCUCUCUCGAUUUCCACCAACGAAAACGAAGAAGUUACCAGGUUACAAUCGAAAGUAGCUUUCUUGGAAUAUAUUUUGAAACAAAAUGGUAUACCUGUACCUGACAGCCAGUGUGAGAAUUUCGGGGCGAACUGGAGUACGGAUCCACUUUAUUUAAACAACAAAGUACAAGAAUUAGAAAAAAUAAUAAAAUACGUAAAAAUAGCGAUGAAAAUGAUGAUAGAAACAGAUAACGUGAAUUGUGAUAAUAUAAAAAAGAUUAGCGAUAAGAUAGAGCAGUCUCUUUUAGAUAAAGUCACAAACUCUAUAGAUUACCCAGAAAUUGUGAACGUAGAAAAAGAAUACGCUUGCGCUAGUUCGCAAACUGACUUUUUAUCGGAGUUUGAGGUUAGAGUGAAACAAUUAGAAAAUGAAAAUGAAGAAUUAUGUGCUAAAUGUGCGGAAUUAGAAAACUGCGUGGAUCUAUUGAAAAAUGAAUACGAAAAGUGCGAGGAUUACUGGCAAAAUAAAGUUGACGAAGAAAGGCAGAUGUACGAAGUAGAGCAAAAGAUCAACAGUGAUAAAUUAACGGAAUUAGUGUUGAAAAUAAAAGAAUACGAAGAACAAUUCGCCGAAUCAGAUGCGACUGAUAGCAGAUUACCAACUAUAGAAGAAACUUAUAAUCUCGAAAAACAAUUUACCGAUUUAGAAGAAGAAUUUGAAAUUUAUAAAGAGGAGACUGAAUGUAAAUUGAUUCAAAAAGACGAAGAAAUUGCAUUUUUGAAAGAAAAGUUAACAGAAUUAGCUUUGAAACAUCAAGAAGCUAAAGAUGUUGCCGUACAAGUCGAAAUAGAUAUCGAACAGAGUAGAAUCUUUAACAAAACUCAAAACCUAUCGAGUUAUAUAGUUGAAAAUACGAAUUUAUAUCCAGAAGAAAUGGUACCACCUUCACCUCAAUCUAAUUGCACAAACCAUUCUCUAUUGUGGAAUCAACAACGCGGAUCUGAAGAAUUAUCAGAAAAUUGUAAAUCCCUUCCGGUCAAUUGGAAUUUUGAUAAUAAAACGGAGUCUAAUGGACCGUCUACUUCUUGCAGUACUACCAGUUUAGAUAAACAGUCUACACCUUGUACUCCUUGUAGACCGAAGAGAACGAAGAAGUAUAACAAAAAUAUUUACAAAAAGAACGUACCUGAAAAACCUGAUGAAUAUAACGAACUGGAACAGCGGGGAAGACAAAAAAGUUAUAAUAACAACACGAAUUUUAAUUCUGAACAGAGGAUCGUUAUACCAAUAGGACAUUUUCAUCGUUUGAAUGCAGUAAGAGAAAUGUUGGAGAAGAAAGUGAGACAUUUGUAUAUUUGUCUUCAGCAACAGAAGUACUGCAGUGAACAACGUUUUUGGCAUCAGAUAAACAGCGAACGGGCCGACGCUUAUGCAAAACUCAAAUAUAUACAAGAUAAAUUAAAUCAACAGAUCCGUAUUAACAAAGAUCAAAUGGAUAAAUUAGAAAAAGCCGACAUGUUAGUAAAAGAACUGUAUGUCGAAAAUUCGUACUUAAGUGCCAGCGUUCAGAGGCUCGAACAAAGGCCACACAUGAUGGCUCAUUGUAAUUCUAAUUCCGUAUAGUUACAUUCAUAAUAUCGUUUAGUAUAUUUUUAUCCAGUAUCUGGAUACAUGUAAUUGAUGUAUUUCGUAGGGACAAAAAGUCUCAUUAAUAUUCAUCGAUAAAAAUUAUUUUCAAAGUUUAUAGUGGCCAUGUCUAUUUUUAUUUUGCUAUUGGUAAUGCUGAUUAGACUGUAGGUUCAAAUAUUAUUUUUUAUUUAUUUAAACAACAAAGUGAUAUUUUGUAACUUUUUUAGUUUUAUGGUAUUUUUUCCAAAUACAAAUCUAUUUUUUUAUAAAAGAAUACAAAUUAUAACUCCUUUUCAUGGCAAAUAAGCGAAGGAAUUGAUUUUACAGCCAAUUUUUCACUUAAAGUAUAAUAUUGAUGUAUUGUAAGUUGAUUUGGUUGUUCUAAGAAGCUUCUAGAACUAAAACCACAAAUUCCAAACUUGCUGGUAGACAAUUUGCACCAUUCUAUUAGGUACUUUGUUGUUACUCAUCUAAAUCAUAACCAUAUGGCGAAAUAUUAAUUAUUUCGUCUAAGUUAUGGAAAAAAUAUAGUGUACAACACGCGGGGAAAUCGGAUAUUUCCGUACUAGUUGUACAAUAUAUUUUAAAUGUACAUAUUUGAAAUUACUAUAAAAAUCACUUUAAAGUUAAAAAUUAAGAAUUUUAUGUUUAUUUAACUAAUGUUUUUAUUAAACGAAUUUCGUUGUUAAAUACUUUAGGCGAUUGUUAUAAUGUCAACAAGAAUUCCAAAAAAAAUAUUCUCAAGCAUUAAAUAAUUUUUGGUUAAAAGGACAUUCCUACCUAACCUAUAGUUGAUCUUAGAACAAUUGCCUCUUAUAACAAUCAUCCAAAGAUAUGUGAAAUAUUGUUAAAUUCUAAUCAAAAGUGUCAUAUUAAAUUAUUAAUAAAUAA